GACAAAGGGGUGGGUUUGGCUCACACAUUUAUGGGCGUGUCAGUCAUGGAGGGUCUCUGCUAGACUCCGCCUAAGUAAACACGGCCUGACAGAGCCCCUCCCCUUAUUCCUGGAUUGGUCCAAUCUCCACCGGCCCCACCCAUUUCUCCAGACCAUUCAAGGAACGUGGCCGGAUCGAACCUCUUCUCACCCAGGUGCCGUCCGUUUGGUGAGGGCGGCGAGGGCUGUGCUGUGAUUGGUUGACUGCGGGUGGGAGUGCAAUGCGGAUUGGAGGAUGUCGGGGGACUGGGAUGAAGACCACCUGUGUAAGAAGGCACUCACUCUGGUGGAGGAGUUGUGCUUACACUCCUCAGCGAAGGACAGCCAUGAAGCCAGCUGCCGAGACUUCGUCUACAUGAUGAGGGGACAGCAGCACGAAACAGAGAUCUCUGUCAGCCUGUUGUCGGUGAUCGUGACGUUCUGCGGGAUCGUCCUUCUCUCAGUCUCUCUCUUUGUCUCCUGGAAGCUCUGUUGGUUGCCAUGGCGAGACAAGGAGGGUGGGGGCCUGAGCUUGACAUCGGGGCUGAUGCCCGGGGGUGUGGGUGGGAUGGGCGGCAGUGGGGGGGCCUCCCUCCUACCUCCUGUCAUGCAGAGGAAGGCGUCCCACUCCUCACUCUACCCCUCCCUGGCCCAGUCCCAGCAGCAUCACCCCCACUUCUCUGACCUGGUGGGGGUGGAGAGUGGCCAGGGGGUGGGGGGUGUGGUGGGAGGCCCGGAGCAGACCCAGGAACACUCCUACCUGGACAUGGACUCCUACCCCAACAAUGCUGGGAAUCUUAAAUUGAGCCAGACGUCUCCAGAGUUGCCCCCCACCACUGAGGGGGGAGCAGCCCCACCCCACAAAGACAUGCCCAACGCCCACUCCCAGCAGCAGGUCACUGCACGGCCCAAGCCCAUGACUCACCAGUUGUCCAGCCCUGAUUUCCAUGGUGAGGAGAAGAGCGAGCAGGUGACCAGCAUUGGCCAAAUCAAACCGGAACUCUACAGACUGCGUGGGGGCGACCAGGGGGAAGGGAAACCAGGGGACAAUUGUGGCAAGAUCAGCUUCCUCCUGCGCUACGCCUUCAAUACAGAGCAGCUAGUGGUGAAGAUCCUGAAGGCUGUAGACCUGGCUGCCAAGGACGCCAACGGCUUCUCAGACCCCUACGUCAAGAUCUACCUUCUGCCAGACAGGAAGAAGAAGUUCCAGACCAAGGUCCACAGAAAGACCCUAAACCCUAUCUUCAACGAGACGUUCCAGUUCGGUGUCCCCCUGGCAGAGCUGCACUCCCGGAAGCUACACUUCUCUGUCUACGACUUUGACCGCUUCUCCAGACACGACCUGAUUGGCCAGGUGGUUGUGGACAACCUUCUGGACUUCAGCGAGGGCACAGGGGAAAAGCCUGUCUGGAGGGACAUAGUGGAGGGCACAGCGGAGAAGGCUGACCUCGGGGAGCUGAACUUCUCUCUGUGUUACCUGCCCACGGCAGGUCGGCUCACCGCCACUGUCAUCAAGGCCACCAACCUCAAAGCCAUGGACCUCACCGGCUUCUCAGACCCAUACGUGAAGGCUUCUCUGAUAUGUGACGGCCGCAGACUAAAGAAGAGGAAGACCUCCAUUAAGAAGAAUACGUUGAACCCCACCUACAACGAGGCUCUAGUCUUUGACAUCCCUCAUGAGGACAUCGACAGGGUGUCCAUCAUCAUCGCUGUCAUGGACUAUGACUGUAUUGGUCAUAAUGAGGUCAUAGGAAUGUGUCGUGUGGGCAGUGACGCUGAGGGUCCUGGGAGGGAGCACUGGACUGCCAUGUUGGCCAACCCCCGCAAGCCCAUAGACCACUGGCACCAGCUCGUCGAGGAAAAACUUGUGGCCUCAUUUGUGUCAAAGAGUCCCGCAGCCUCUUCCAAGCCUCACAUCGUGGUGGACAGUCCUCACUCUGAGUAGAACUGUUAUUAUCAUCUUUCCAGUUCCAGACUUUCCUUUCUUUCUGCUCAUCUGUGAAUAAUUCUCUCCAUCAAACAAAGAGAGAUAAGGAGACACAUCGACUGCUGUCCUACUGCUACUGCUGAAUAUUCCAGCUCCUGUCCUGUCGCAAUGAAGCACAGGAAAACAGAAUCUACAUUCUAUACAAGCAACACUUAGAACGCUGACACACACACACACUCACACACACACACACAGUGCUUCAGGUUAGUGCCAGUAAUUCAUCCAGGAGGAGUGUGAUGAUGCACAUUUCUCCCUCCAAUCAAACCUGGGCCUAAGGUUUCUGCUCUGUAUGGACUUCAAAAGACAAACCGUGUCAAUGCUUUACUUUAGGCCAUUAGUAUACAAGUGUAGGAGUUAGGAAACAUCCAUGUAGUGUUUCCAGCAGGACAAACAUCAGUUGUGGAGACUCUAGUGGUUUGGGCCUACUGUAUCUGGGCUUUUCUGGCUUCUUUUAGCUGGAGGAAGGAACCUUUGCCAGUCGUUAUUAUUGAUGUCAGGGGAGGGAGAAAUGUGGAUGAACCCAUCUGCUGAAGCAUGUUACGUAACCUUGAAAUGUGUCCCUUCGCCUCAUUAUUUUGUCACCUUCUUCAUGGUGCUCAUUAAUGUGAAUUUGCUUUUAUUUUUCUAUUUGUUUGGUUUUGGGGGUUUGUGUAAUAUAAUCAUCCAGAAAGGAAUUUAUCCAUACCAUUUUUUUACGAUCCACUAAGGAUGUGACUGUGAGUACUCGAAGACCUGAAAUAUUUGAGCGCCUUGGGAUGUUACAGAAAUAGUGUUCCCCUGUUUGGACAUACUGGCAGACUUUACCCCAGAGGACUCUACAGGGGAACUGUGAUGAGGACGGACCUGCUCGGCUUGGAGUGCACUUACUGGAAAUGUAUCCUACAGGGAAGGAUUUCACCAUUAUAUGGAAUUUUUCUAUCAUUCCAAGAUUUUGUUUUUCGGAAAGACAUUAUUUAAUUUGAAAAGAUUAAAAUUGUCUGCAGUCCAUCAUGUCUCCGACUGAACGACAACGUUAGAAGGACACACACAUUUGUGUUGCUUUGAUUUGUGUGUAUUUCUGUGUUUGUGUGUGUGUUUUGUAUUCGUGUGCGUCUGUGUGUGUAUGCCUGUAUGUUUGUGUGUGUGUCACUGUGACCUUCUGUGUGACACGUUUCUGUGCUCAUGACGUCCCUAUCUUCUACCUGUCCUCGCGGCCCCACACCAUUCCUAGCAUCCACAGACUGAAACUCCUGUCUUUGAACAAAAUGUGUCUUCUGUCCUGUGUGUCUUAGAGGAACCAUUUGUGUGUAGGACCCAUUGCACUUGGUGGGGAGUGGGAUACUUAUGAUCCCUGAUGAACAGUCGGUCUCUCACAGAGAUUAGAGUGUAUUGUGUGUGUUGUUUCCCAGAUCAGCUGUCCGUCACUCAAAAGUGCCCCCCCCCUGCCUGAUCUAAGUAACUGUGUUGGUUGUGUACUUCUUUUAGUAAAUGUGUACUGUGUGUCUGAGGGGAAACCAGUUGGCACCGUGAUGUUAGAUACGUUUUGAUUACUUGAGGUAGAAUUUUGGGCUGAGUAAUGACUCUUUUAUGUCCCCUAGCAGUCCCUCCAAACGGGGAGACAGAGAGGGGGUAGCCAUGUCCUUUAUCUUUUGUGAAAUACGAUGACCCCCUGUUUACGCUCUGCACUUCCUCUUUAAGCACCAUGUGGCUACUGCCAUGAGAGAACCAUGUCUACCACCACUUCUGCUACUAUAACCUCAACUAACAGUUAGCACUACUAAUGCUAUGGCUGCCAUUUCCCCUUAAACGCAUUCAGGGGGAUCCAGUUACUAUUCCAACUUCAGGCCAAGGAAGUGCAGGGAUGCUUACUGGUAUGCUUGGUAUGUACACAGAUUAAAGCCGUAUAUCCCAUAUCAUAGCCAGAAGUUUUCCAUCUGGAACUGUAUGUCUGCUCAGGUUGUUCUGGGAGGUCAUUGAUCUGCCUGUAUAAGUAGAUACUAUAGUAUUGAUCCAUUGGCCUAUCUCCAGGCUCUGUCUCUAUCCCUCGCAGUCCACAUGAUUCUCUGCCCCAUAACACUGUGGUGUUAGCACUCACUCAGCCCUGGAGGUUGCUAGUGUGCUCUCAGUAUUACCCUCCACCUCUCUCUCUCUAAAUAUACCUCUCUCUCUCUCUCUCUCUUUCUCUAAAUAUACCUCUCUCUCUCUCUCUCUCUCUCAAUAUACCUUUCUAUUUUCCCUUUAACUCUUUCUAUACCUGUCUCUCUCUCUCUCUCUCUCUCUCUCUCUCUCUCUCUAAAUAUACCUCUCUCUCUCUCUCUCUCUCUCAAUAUACCUUUCUAUUUUCCCUUUAACUCUUUCUAUACCUGUCUCUCUCUCUCUCUCUCUCUCUCUAAAUAUACCUCUCUCUCUCUCUCUCUCUCUAAAUAUACCUCUUCUCUUGCCCCUUUAUCUCUUUAUAUACCUGUCUCUCGCUCUCCUUUUAUCUCUUUCUAUACCUGUCUCUCGCUCUCUUUGAUUGCUUGUUCUCCCACUCUAUUUCUGAAAACUCCCUUUUCACCACUUCCCUCUCUCUCCACACAGCCAUUCACCCCCUCUCUCCGCCUCCCUCCAUCUUGCCUGCUCUCUCUGUGUGUAGGACUCCUCUCUCCUCUGUCUCUCUCAGUGUUAGUGCAGUUCUGAAUGGACAUGGGGAAACAUGUGUGCAUGCUUAUAUUAACAUGAAUGAUGUCAACUUGAUGCAAUGAAAAUUAGAUACGUGAUGCUUUAAGCAAAACCUGACAAUGAACUUGAUAUUAAUACUACUAAUGACGAAAAUGGAGACCUAGCAAUCGUUCUCUCUGUAAUCAAAACAAUGAUGAUAAAUAACAUUGUUUAUCCUGUAUAUCUUCAUUAAAUAGUUAUUCCUGAUUUCAUUUUUGAUUCUUUAAAAAAUAUAUAAUUUCUUCAGAAGUUUACUUUUUAUAUGGGUUAAACGGAUAAAUAGACAUUUGAACAGAAGUGAGACAUUCAGUCAGGAUGCUUGUUUCAGCCAGAGAACUAGGGGGAGGAGGGUGAAGAGGAAGAUGAUGUAGGUGAAUGUGUGGCUGAAGCAAUGAUCAUGGAAAUAAAGGAUAUGUAUCAUCCAGCCUCA